CCGCUCUGCUCUGCUCUCCUUUGCUCUACUCUGCUCCUCUUCUGCCUGUGCUGCUCUUUCUUCCUCUCCUCUCAUCUGUGUACUCGCCAGUAUGGGGCAGCACAUGCUGACCUACGUGCCAAUUCUGACAGUGGCAAAAGGCAGCGAUGGAGUCGCUGAAGCAAGGCAAGACCCCCCAAGAAUUCGACGAAUUCGCUCAAAGCCAGCAGAGUGGCAGCACCGACGAUGGCAAAGACCAAACCACGUCCGACGACACCACUACCAAACAGACCACUUCAAACGACGAGACCGAAUCCAACAAGGACAACAAGGCGACCCAAGCUUCCCCCAAGAAGCAGCAGUCAUCGCAGUCCGAUGCCAAGACCGACAAGUCUUCGACGACGUACAAGCCCACCCAAACAAAGCAGACCAAGGAUUCGCAGUCGCACUCGCAGGCACAGUCGCAAGCGUCGUCAGAGACAAAGCCCAAGGAGAGCAGCAGCAACGAUGCCAGCAACGCGGUAAAGAACCUUGGCGACAAGCUCUUCUCUGGCGACGGCACCUUCUACAACACCGGUCUCGGUGCCUGUGGCUGGACGAACAACGACUCUGACUUGAUUGUGGCCAUCUCUGAGAGCCUCUUCCAGACAUUUGGAAGCCAGUCCAACGGCAACCCCGUUUGCGGCCGCUACAUCAACGUCGAGCGCGGUAGCAAGUCAGUCAAGGUCAAGGUCACCGAUGCCUGCCCUGGCUGCGACAUGCACUCGCUCGACCUCUCUCCUGCGGCAUUCAACAAGCUCGCGGAUCCAGCAGAAGGCCGUGUCCCCAUCAAGUGGGCCUGGGCCUGAGCUGCCGAUAUGGGCGGACCAGUAAAAA